UUCUUUUUCGCAGCGGGAUGGGCAACAGCAACGGCAAGCACGAGACCGAGCUCUCGCAGAGCGGGACGCGCAUCGAGCACAGCAAGCGCCCGGCGACAAACGCGCCGGUGCACGCACCGACGACGACCGGGCCGCCCAAGGUGCUCGACAGCUGGGACUACUACGCGGAGCUGGAGCACCUCAAGCCCGCGUUCUGGAUCGCGCCCGACGACGUCAUCCGCGUGCGGUCGAUUCCGUGCAACUACAUGAAGACGGACCUCGGCAACGUCAACGGCGAGCCCGUCCUCAUCAAGUACCUCGACCUGAGCAAGAACGAAGACGACAUCAACAAGAGCCGGAAGAUGCUCAUGUCGGAAAUCAGCUCCAUGACGCGCCUCCAGCACAGCAACGUGGUCAAGUUCCUCGGCUUCAACUUUACACCCGAGAGCGGCCUUUGCUGCAUCUCCGAGUACAUGGACGGCAAGACGCUGCGCCACCUCCUCGACAACCCGCACGCGGCCGCCAAGCUCUCGUGGCCCAAGGAGAAGAUCGCGAUCGCCAUCAACAUUGCGUCGGCGCUCGCCUACAUGCACUCGCUCAAGCCCGUGCUCAUCCACCGCAACGUCAAGGCCUCCAAGAUCCUCCUCUCGAGCAAGAAGAUCGCCAAGCUCAGCGGCUUUGGCGUCGCGCGCGACCGCACGUUUGAGAUGGAGAUGACGACGGGCGUCGGCGACAUGCAGUGGUCGGCGCCCGAGCUCCUUCUCGACGGCGAAGACUACACCGAGCAAGUCGACGUCUACUCGUUCGGCGUCGUCCUCACGGAGCUCGACACGGGCGCGGUUCCAUUCGUGGAGGAGAUGGCGACGAUGAACAAGGCGGAGCUCACGAUGAAGCUCGUGACGGGCUCGUUGCGCCCGCAGCUCUCGCCCGACUGCCCGGCGUGCAUCGUCAAGAUCGUCAAGCAGUGCUUGCAGCAGGACCCGCACCUCCGCCCGCGCAGCGACAAGGUCCUCGAGCUGCUCAAGCAGGCGCAGGCCGAGCUCGCGGCCGGCCCGUAGCGUGUGUUUUUUAAAUUCUUAGUUAACGUUUUGGUGGCAGCCUCGGUCCC